CCGAACAAGAGCAGUGUCCCGUUCUUCUCCCAAAUCGCCGCAAUCGUCCGACGCAAGAUGAAGGAAGCGGCUCUACUGCUUUCAACCUGUCUGCUCUUCUCCCUUUUGCCGAGCCCCAUUCAAGCAGCCAGACAAGGGCAGGACAUCCGGUGUGGAGCCUGCAGAGCUCUGGUGGACGAGAUGGAGUGGGCCAUCUCGCAGGUCGAUCCCAGGAAAAUGAUCCAGACCGGCUCGUUUCGAAUCAACCCGGACGGCAGUCAGUCCGUCAGGGAGGUUCCUUUAGCGCGCUCCGAAGGAAACCUCCUGGAGCUGAUGGAAACUGUGUGCGAGAGGAUGGAGGACUACGGCGAGCGCACGGACGCCGUGAAUAACAGGAAGUCCUACAUUAGGAUCAAAUCUCGCAACGGCGAAGCCACCGACCUCUCGGAGGCGACGUUGGAUUCCAGAGUCACCGCCAGUUUAAAAUUUGCAUGCGAAGCUAUCGCCGAGCAACACGAAGACGAACUCGUCGAGUUCUUCUCGCACGAGACGGAAAAUGUCAAAGACAAACUCUGCAGCAAGAGAACAGACCUUUGUGACCACGCUCUGAAAAUCCCGCACGAUGAACUUUGACACAGUGACUCGCGCCCGUCCGCACCUCUCUUCUCGGACGAUGUCGGCGCCGCGCCACGGUGACGGGAGCGCGUCUCAAAAUUCCACCGAUUCCAAAUCCCUGGAAGAAUUUGCAUCACUCGUGGAGAAUAAGGGGGUUCGUGUUGACAUUUCACCCCACUCCCUUUAUAUCUCUACCUCACAAUAAAUGAGAUGAUUUUGACUGUGAAACAGGAUUUUUGAUGAAAUAGAAAAUGAUUUUUCUUUACUCCCAAUGCCAGCGAUAGUUGUCCAAUCACUGGUACUUCAAAUGAAUUGAAGCUCUAAAGUCCAGGGGUCCUUAAAGUAUUCCGCGGUUGAAGGAUUUCAUGCCCCCCCCCCCCCAAAAAAAGCGAGGUCUACGACACCUUUUCACCAAAACGGUGUCAUCAAUCGAUUGCAGUCAGAUGGCGCUCGCUCAUUUCCGUAGAAACCUCACGGGUUCAACUGUCUGCUUGCCGCUGGAUGAGUAGGAAGAAAAACCUGGACCGCUCGCUUUGGAAACCCCUGGUCUAAACGCUGUCCACGAGGUAGUAUUGUAUGUCUGUAUCUGUCCCAACCAGAAAAAGACUUUAUUAUUGAAUGUAUGUGUGACCACUGUACACACAUAGAAUAUGUUGCUGUUCUUUUUCUGUUUUUAAUGUGUAUGAACAAGCCAGCUUUGAUACAAACUUUGUGGAAUUUCUGCUGCGAAAUGAUUGAAAUGAGACUCCUUGGUGAAUGCACUCCUUUGGUUUCUAUAUUUUGACAGGACUUUUCCAAGUAACACUAGAACGAUCGGCGUUCAUAAACAUAUUUUUGUCCAAAAUCAAGGUUUUAAUCCUCAAAAGUCCAUGUAUUCAUGCUGUCACCUUAUGCCGGAAAAUAAAACCACACUCGAGUAAGGGUGGAAAUGAAAUGUAUUUCACAAGUUUGGAUAUUGGGAAAAGAAAGAAUUUUGAAAGAUGAAAUGCAGAUAACCAUGUAAAUGCAUCUGCGGUGUGCCGUUCUUCAAGAAACAUACAAUUGAGACCAUGUUAAACACAGAUUAAGCAAGCAUGAAGCGAUUCUUCUUUUGCGUACUGCUGGCGGUACAUGUACCAGACCUCUGAUUUAUACAAUCAACAGAUAAACCUCUAUUAGUUAGACACUAUUUCCAUUUAGAUUUCAAUACAUGGAUAGUCCUGCUCUGCCAACAAAUGUCAAUGAAAACUCUAUAAAGUUGCUAGUUUUAUCAUCAGAUAAGAUGCAGACUAGAGGAAGGGGAAAAACAUACAUUGAAUUUCUAUUGAACAAAGAAGAUGUUUUGCAAGCCCUACACACUUCCACGUUCUUAUGCUAUGCUGUACUCGUAACCGAGGCCGAAAUACAUUUUUUUCCAAUUUCAAAAGUCCACGGGUUUAUUCAGCUUGAAUGUAUUAUCGGCUAUCCUUGUAACGGCGGGGUUAUGUCGGGUCUGCGGUUCUAUCCGCUGUCCGUCUGGUGAGUACGCGCUUGCAUUUGGGUACGUCGUGACAAUUGUCCGCGCACAUACCGUGUUAACCAUCCUGCGCUACGCUCGUCUUUUGUUGUCCGCGCUUUGCUCUCUUUCACACUAGUUCACUUGCAAUGUCACGGGGGCGGCGGCAGCCGCUCCCACCCUCUUCCUCCUCACCGGCUAUAAUGACAACCGUCUCCCCGGAGUCGCGGCUGCCGGCGCUACUACAAGACGGCGUGUCCUCCUCGCGCCACGGCAGCAUUUGCUCCGCCUCGCUGCCCUCCAACAAGCUCAGUUCCUCCAAGUGAUCUAGACCGACGCCUACGUUGUCAGCAUCCCAUAACUCCGACACUUCCUCUUCUUCGUUCUCGGAGUCGGGAGCUGUAUGUUUCCUGAUUCGAUUCACGGCAUCCCACAGGGAGGUGGGAUACUGAAGCUCUGCUCCCUGGGGAAUGUCACUUCCACUUUCGUCCAGAGGAGGUAGGGAAGGGCUACAAUCCAGAAGAAGAGCAGGUAGAGUUUCACCAAAUCCUACAUCCUUACGGGAAAAAGGGCACGCCGAUUCGGUUUCUGGUUGAGGUGCAAUAUCUUCUGUCGGCAGAGAGGAACUUUUGGGGAAAGCGUCAGGUUUGUUGUCCGAAGGUGAUGGAGGAGACGGUUUUGCGGUUGGUAAAAUGUCACUCUGACACUCUGCCGCCUGUUCCCCAAGACCCGGUAAAUCCUUGUCUGCGUUUUCAUGGACAUCUCGCGCUGGGACGGCCGGAGUCUGGACUUUGACUCGGCUUUGAAAUUCCCUCAAUUUCUCGGAAUUGCCGCUUCGGUUCCCGUCUUCGGCUUGAAUGCCAAAGGGUUGCUCGCCGUUGCGUUCUGUGGGCCCAUCGUGAGCUAUCUGGCCUAGAAGGUCCAUAGCCAUAUCGAGUGCCGCUCCAUUGACUGAGGCAGAUUCUAAUUGCUGCCGGGCCGCCGAUUUAUCCAUCCCAUCAACAGGGAAAUGGUGAGGGACGCCGCUGAGCUCGCCCCGCUGUGAGUUUUUUUCCUUUUGAGCUGGCUCUUCCUCACAAACCUCAAUGUCAGCCAUUGCCGCGGAAGGACACAAAUUCAAAGUAGAAGGCUCGGCCAAGUAAACCGGAAGUUGCGCGUGUGGCGGCGACGAAGACGCGGCUCCUCGCCGUAGCGCGCAAUAUACUAUUGGAUCAUCGGUUACUGACUCGACAUCUGGCGAGACCUCAGUUUCUGACUCAGAGAUACACGCCGGAGACUCGACGGCUAUUGGCGAGGGCGUAAGAUUGAGAUCGGACUUUUGAGGAUCCUGUGAGGAAGAGGUUUUGGAGCUGACCGCCGGCGGAGUGAAACAUCGAGCUGCGUUUUCAGCGGAUCUCCGCUCCGGUUCGGCCCUUUCUUGAGCGGACUCGACCGAGGGGUCCUCCGUCUUGGCAAACUGAUCCGCGUUGUCUGUUCCAGAUGGGCAGUUGAGGCUCGUCUCAAAGACGUGAAACUCCUUUUGAUGGGAUCCUGAAAAGCUGUCAUACUCAACCUUUGGACUUUUAUCCUUAUCCGAUAUCCAUUCUGUACUUUGCUUUUGCCGGUUCUCUGACUGCUGCUGCUCUUUUGAAAGCUUACUUUUGUUCAGUUGAGUCAACGUUAAUCCUUUUUCUCUAUCUUUUGCACACACGUCGAAUAACGCGGUCGUGUGGAUGUCGAUACAGAGGAUUCGCUCCGCUGUUUUUUCCAAAGAUUCUACGGUCGCAUUUUUGCGCUCGCUCUCGAUUGCCGUCGUCUCAGAGUUCAGGCCGUUCGUAGGGCUUUUUCGUAUUGGAAGGAGGUUUAAUUCAUUGUUUGGAUCAGGGUGUAACUCUGUGUUAUGAAGGCUGCCGGAUCGUUCAGAGGAGGCACAACUGUGCUCUGUGUCGGCGGUUGGUCCGUCUUCCUUCGUGAGCUCCAUUUUGACAACCACGCAUGCGGUGUCGUUUACUAGAAGAUCUUUCCCCUCCUCUGUUUCGGGGCUCUUUUUGAUGUCCGGUCUUCUUACUUCUGUGCCAAGUGGACUCUGAUUCGGACCGGUGAGACUCGGCUCCCUCCACAACGGAUAUCUGACAGACACCGUCGGAGCGGCCCGUCUCUCAAAAGUAGAUUUAUUCUCAUCCAACGGGAUACCCUCUGUCAUGUCUUGAUUUGAAGGUUCGUCACUUUUUAUGCGAGUCACUGUCACUUCUCUGCGUGGAAGGUUUCUAUCCUGUUCGGUAUACGUACGUGCGAGCGCCUCGUCUACUUCAUCCGCAACCUUGGCUCGUUGAAUAUUCUCAUUGCUGACGGGUGUACAUUCUGCACCUUCCGUGUUCAGAGCGUUUAACCGUUCAUUAGACGGGUCUUCUGUCGGGCCCGCUAUCCGAGACACCAAACAGAAGACGGUCAUCCCGCCCGUCCUCUUGUUGAAUCUGAAUUUUCGUCCUUCGAUGACUUUUGAGGGCGAUUCGAGGAUUAUCUUUGUUGUCUGCGGCCACGUCAAAUCCGUUUGUGCGAUAUGCACAAUCUGGAGCGGAUUCUCUCGGUAGCGGUGUCCUUCGAGGUCCGUUUUUGGUUUUUGUAUCCUUUCCACCUGCGUCGAACAGCGCAAAGCUUUAUGUGGCCCGUUGUAAGGAGGAGGCGCGACGUAACCGGGAGGCUGACUAAACGUUCUUUGGAUUUUUCCUAUCACCUGCGGCCCACGGCCCGCUUGGGGAGCUGGCGGCGGACAAUGCUUUUGCCUCCGCUGUCCGGCCGGCUGCGGCGCCGCCUCCACGCCGGACUCUAUUCCGGUCCGUCUGCUCUCCGGCAGCCCCCGAGAGGCCCCCGACUGCUCUGCCUCUAGCCGCCUCAUCCGCGGAAGGGAACGGCUGUAACGGGUCGCCCCGGCUUCAAACUCUCCGUAGCUGCCGCCGCGCCUCUCUGACGACGCCCCGUAACGGACGAGAUGGGAGGGCUCUACGGGCCUUCGACGCCAUCCCUCGCUCGCGUAGUCCCUCCGGUAGGCUCCCGCCGUCACCUGUCCGACGGUUGUCCGUUCGCUGGCCUCACGAGACCGGUAUUCUCCCGUGUUCUGUUGAGAAUGAUGACACCCCAAAAAAUGGUACUGAGCAGAAGUAGAGGCACGCGGCUGCAGUGGCGCAGUCCAGCCGGUGUGAUCCAGUAGAGUUCCUCCUAUUCUGGAUCUGGGUAACGUCCAGUAACCGGACUCCCCGACGGGAUUCCGCCGCUCCUGACGGUUACCUGCUGGAUAAUGAUAGUGGUAGCUGUGUGGACAAAAAGAAAACAUACCAUCAGGUUAUGACAUAUUUUCUUUUUGGACACAGUUUGUCCCGCAAUGCCCGACCCAAGAAUCUAGAACUGACUUCAAAACCUUUUUCAAUGGUUUGAAACAUAAAUGUCUGGUCAUUUGAAUCUCCUGCUUGAAGGGAGGACCUCAGGAGUUCCUUGUUUUAAGUCCAACAGGACAAAGAACUCCUUCUUACCUAGUGCAGUUAGGUUGCAAAAUUUGCACAAUUCCUGCACUUAAAAUGUGAAGCUGUCCAUAGCACGUUGAAAUUGUAGUCUGUGUGUUAUUUAUUCUAGGUGUAGGAGUUAUUAUUGAGUUGUCUCACAACUGGUGCGCAUACAGAUAAGUUUCCCCUUCUUAGGGGACAAUAAACUUCAACUGAACUGAACUAAUAUAGCUUUUAGUUGGCAAAGAGUAGGUGUUUUUUGCAAACAAUAGAAACUGUAUACUGGCUUUAAUAGGACAGUGGAAUGAAUACAAGCGCAAAGGCUGCUAUAUUUUGAUUGGCAAGGGACUCGCCUCCCUGGUAAGCCACUCUGCACAUUUUUCAUACAUCAGUGUAUGUGUUCCCGUAUUAUCAGAGUUCAUGUAAGGCAAAGAGUGUUUUACGAGUACAGUUAUUUCCAGUGUCCUGAAAUGCACAAAUGCAAGAAAGACCAGCACAAACUAAGCUAUAUUGUACUCACGUAUAGGUGGGAUUUGGGCGAGGAACUGUACCGAACCGGGUAUGGCGGGGCGGCAGCUCUUGAUUCUCAGGCCAUAAAUCCAUACUAUACUAUCAAGGAAAAUGGUGUGCAUUUGCAAGGGAUCAUUUCAUUCAAUCAAAGGUUCGGAUGAAAUGCUUGCUUCUGUAGAUUUCUAAUGCAACAAAAAAAAUAACACAUACCUUUGGCCGGCGAUUGAAGUUUCCUCGCGACUUGUGAAGUAUGACAUGAGCGGUUGUUUUCAUUUAAGAGGAAUCUGUGGUGGUCAGCCUCGCAGCUUCCCUCCCUCUGGACACACCCUGUCACCUCCCUCCCAUCUUGUCAGUGUUAUACCAUCAGGUGCUUUGAAACGGCCUUACUGUCACAACAGGCUGGCAUUUGAUAUGUUGGUUUGAGCAUUUUCAUAAUAGCGCUACUUUCAUUCAUGCAACUUUUCCCAUCUUUUCUGCCCAAUGGCGAAAUGCCCCGCUCAGCGCGAUGAAAGCCGCACGGAUCAAUUGCUUUGUAGCGCGCGGCGAGAAGGCCGCCGGACGGCUCGCCUCUCUUUUCUUCGGAACUCUCCAGCGUGACAAACAGGCUUUCCCUCGCUGAACAGAAAGGCAAUACAUCAGCAGAGUGCGAGCGAGACAGAGAGGGGGGAUGAAGCGUCGCCAGCGGACGGACGCCGCGUGGCCAACGGGCACAGCACAGCACAGCGAUCCGUCCCUGUUAACACAAUAACCGCUUGGGACGGGAUCAUCCCUGUCUUACGACUACAGUGGAACCUCGUGGCGCGCGUUAGCCGGUGAACAUUUCGACACACCAAUUCGUUGCGCCCGCCGUCGGCGGGUAGAUGAGGAUAUACUACGUAUCGUCGGCGUGCUUUGAAAGUUGGAGAGGCAGUAUACAAGUGGAACUCCAUUUCCACCAGGCCACCGUAUCUAUAAAAUGGGGAAAUAAUGAUGGACUAGAAUCCAUCAAAUAAAGCAAUGUUUGAUACUGGACGAAAGGCCGGCUGUUGGCAGAUCGCAAAGUUGCGCCGAACGAUGAAAUCGCCGAACGAUUGAACGAUGAAAUCGAUGCGGCGGUGUUUUCAGUUCGCUGGAAACUGGCUCUAACAGAGGACCGGUGAACGGCUAUCCAUCCGGCAGAGAUCCAAAUUGUUGAGAUAAUUAUCGAGGUUUGAUUGAUUAAAUAUUUGCUUGG